GAUUCGGAAGCCGGAGCGGAUACGGAACAAUGCUGUGAUGGUUCGGCAGAAUUUUUUCUGUUGAGGAAAUUCUCGGUUGGCAUGUGCGACUCCUGUUCUGCUGCAGCGAGCGAUGCUGAGGCCAUGACCUCGGCCUCAACUUAAGUGAAAAAAGUUCCCAAUGGCAGGGGCGAUUGUUGGCAACAACGUGCAAAUCAAGCGGACCGAAUAUACUGAGACGAGGAAAUAACUGAACAAGCGCGGUCAGUCCAAGUGCUGCUUCCGCCACUGAUUGCAGAAGAGAAUAUUUGAGGACUCUCCGGCGAGCAUGCGACUCGUACAGCACUGCCGAAAACUCCUGUCAGCAUUGAAGAAACAGAGGGAGCUCGAACCCUUGCUGUGUGACCUAACGCUACGAUCGCUCGACGAUCGACUGUUACGAUGCCACAAAGCGGUUCUUAGCGCCAAUUCCGAGUAUUUCAAUGCAAUGCUCACGUCCAGUUUCGUGGAGGCGUGUCAGAGUGUCGUGAGAGUUCCUUUCACCGGUGAUAUUCUCGAGAACGUGAUCGACUUUUUCUACGAUGGCUAUAUUCAUCUGAGCGUCGAAAACUGCUUGGAAUAUCUCGAGGCGGCGGACAUGCUUCUCGCUCAGGAUCUCAUCGCGGAAUGCCAAGAGUUCGUUGGUCAGAAUCUCUCGCAAGUAUUGAAUUGCGAGGAGACCUUAGUGAGAGACUCAACCUCGUUGGCCCAUCUCUUGCCUGUGCUUCAGCAUCAAUCGAAGCUCAACCUUAAACAAACAUUUUCAUCGCUGCAUCGAUGGGUCUCCGAGGAUCGAGCGAACCGCGUCCGGUGCUUCAUGGAACUCGAGAUGGCCGUGGUCGAGCGACUCCAGAGCGACCUCGAAGUCAAACUCGUCGUCGCACAGGAAUCGUUGUCCAACAACGAAGUGUUCGUGAACUUCCAGAACGCCGAGCAGGUAUUUCCCCAUCUGUUGAAGUUCGACGGGGAACGCUGGUCGAAAUGCCUGUGGCCACGUGAUGAGGAUCUACCGUAUAAUUGCGAGCACUUCUGCAUCGUCAAAUACGGAACGAGUUUGCUCUACUGUAAGACCCAAGGGGAUCCAGUCGUUUUCCGGGAGCUCGGGAAGCCGGACCGACCCGUGGAGGAAACGGCAGCCGCCUUGAUAGCGUUCCUCAAGUCCGAGAGACAUAUUUUCCUACAUAAGGUCACCCUCGCCGGAGAGCGUCUCAAGGUGUUCGACCGACACUCGAAAAUGUUCCGAUCGUUGGAGCUUCCGGCAUGCUACAAACUCAUCAAAGUCAACGAUAAAAGGAUCGCUGAAGACGUCGCCAACAACGAGAUAUUUCUCUCGGCUACCAUGCGAUUCCAGGACUCGAUGCUCCAAGAGGGAGUAUUCUGCUUCAAACUCAACGCGCAACAAGCUUGGAUAGCGGAACACGUUUCGUUGCUUCCGUAUAAAUCCUGCGAACGCGACAUACCGACAGUGUUCUGCGGUCAUCCCGUGAUUCUCUCGCCCGAAGACCGCAGGGCCUUCGUCCACGAACGUGGAGUCAACGGUCAGUGGAGGGAGAAGCUGUGUUUUCCCAUGCUGGAGUUGGAUAGUGCCAAUUUCAAGAUAAUCUACGUAUGCAGCUCAAAACGCAAGCUCUACCUCGUCGUCGAUCGGGACCAAGACGUUCGCAUUGUGUGUUACGAUGAGCUGUGGGCUUCCGGCCACGACGUGACCGAAAAGACGGAAUUUCCUUCGGCGCGCGUGGACUACGAACGCGGUGUGGUCUUCUGUCCGAGAGAGGGAUGACUGUGAGAAUUUGAGUCCCCAGGAGAACUUGACGGAGGGUUCCCUCUGCUAACGUCGAUGUAGAUUCGUAAUUCUCUGCCGUCAUUGACACGAUGACCCACCCAACAUAUGGACGCCAAUAAGAACCGGGUGAUGCUUGGAGACGGAAAGCGCUGACACCUAUGCGG